CAGCCCUCAAACUCCACCAUUGCGGCCUCGGUGACUGUCAGCCCGCAGUUUUCGAGGGGAUACUGUUAGCAUACUUUGUUCGGAUGCGACUAUGCCUAGAAUGGAUGUAUGGGUUCCCCAUCAGCUCGAUUGCCUUGCUGGGUUGCCAUACUCCAUCUUCGCCAAUCUACCCCUCUGAGUGGUCGAGGAAGCGGGCUGCCCUGGCCUGGGCGGAUCAUGAUCGUCCAGCGGUUCAAGCUCUGUGGUCAGUCAAGUAAGGCAACCUAGGAAAUGGAUCUUGGGCGAUGGGCGUCCGGCCCCCACGCCAGGCCCAUCAACCUAGUGACUCUUCUCUCGUC